UUCCGAAUACCCAGUCAGUCCCCUUACCAGCUCGGCCGCCUCAUCCCGGUUACGGCGCUUAUCCACCCCAACAGCAAGGUUACCCCCCUCACCCUCAAGGAUAUCCGUCACCGGCUUCUGGACAGUAUCCGCCCCAUGGGUACUACCAUCAUCAGUAUCCUCAGUAUCCACCGCAUGCCGGAAGAGGUCAUCCGUACGGUCCUCACGGAGGUCCCACUUCGUCCGAAGGACCUCAAAUGGCGGCCGACACAGGGGUACCACAACAGAUGUACGGUAGUCCUGCCUCAAUGGAAUCGGAUCGAAGUAUGAUACCUGAAGAUGGUCAGGAGGAUGGAAAGAAUGAUCACAAAAGUAUAGUGAAGGAAGAAAAGUGAUAGAAGAAACGAACUUCAUGAACAUUUUCAUAUAUUUUGUAAUUCAUUGAGUUUUAAAUUUUUUAUUUAUGAAAUCAAUUUGAUUGAAUUCAGAAUUUAAUCGAGGAAUAUGAUUUAGAAAAAUAUAUUUGAUUAUUAAAAGGUGUAUCGAUUGA